AUGUCUUUUCACCCCCAGACCCCGCAAAGCCCCUCGCAUUUCUCGCCCAGUUCGAGUGAUCAAUCCACAAGCAUGUCAGGUUCCAUAGUUUCCACCACGACGACCUUGCCGACCCCAGCCCACAGCGUGAACGGAAGCUCCCUCGCCAACGACAUGUCGUUCACAGACAUUGUCAUGGGAGAAAACUCCCCCCAGAAGCGCAAGCGUACAUCCGACGAUGUAGGCGAUCGAGAGCAGAAGAAAGUCCACAUCGAGGACCGCAAACUUGGUAUUGACGACCUCCAUUUGGACGUUGGUGAAAAAUACCUCCUUUGCAGAUCUCGUAAGGCUCCCUUCACCUGCACCCAAAAGAAGAAGAAGCAGCAGCAGCAGCAGCAGUGGCAUAUGCGAGAGAAGCGAUCCCGCUCGUUGUGGCUCAUGUUGCCGCAGCGACGGGCAUUAUCUCUCGAGCAUCAACCGCCUCGUCCUCAUCUGUCUGAAGACCUUUUCGAGAUGUAUGGUUUGGCGGAUCUUGCUGCUGAGUAUGCGCGCAUCAAAGACGGCCAGAAGAAUGCGCUCCGCAAGACGUACAAGGGCCACAUCAAGAAGCUGGGAGUGCAAGGUCAUUUUGACUCGGUGAAGACGGAUGAAAAGGACCCUGAGAGGUUAGAGUACCUCAUGGGCUGUCCCCAGGAGGAGUGGAAUGCGCACUUUGUUAGAGGCAAGGAGAUCACCAGGGGAUUAUCGUCAGACAUGAAGAGCAAGAUCUCGAGGGCUGUUACUAUGAGCAGGGGGACCGUCCCUUCUACCCUUUGGAACAACUCGGUUCUCGGGGAUAUCGCAGCGAGCUCGAUGAAGGCUCAUCUCAAUCAGCCGCCAUCGGCAAGACCCACGGCGCCCAACACCCCUUUGGCCUACGGGGGCCCAGCUAUGCAGCGUGUGAAGCCGCAGACGCCCGGUUUCCAGGAUAACCGGCCCAGACGCAACAUCAAGAAGCGAGGCUACGGUGAUUCCAGCUUUGAGGGCUACGGCGAAGGAUUCGAGGACGAUGGCGGGCUGGAAACGGGAUACUCCACCGGCGAGGGUGACAUGGCCUCUGGCCUCAAGCGUCGCAAAAAGGUGCUUAUUGGAAGCAACGUCCCCGGUUGA